ACACACACACACAGAGAGAGAGCUACACACAUGCGCCAGUUUGAGCAGGAGAAGCAAACAGAUCAAUAGGUUCAACUUUCAUCGUUUAGCCGAGAAAUCGCUUUAAAACAGAGGAAAAGAUGUCUUCUGAAGGAAGAAUCUACCAAGAUUUAACCACAGAGGAAGUCUCACACUCUCAUCCUCAAAUACUUGGACAAGGUCCGUUUGCAACGAGAGGUGGAUUUCCUGUUCAACACCACCGACUGGUUAUACUGGGUCUGGGUCUGCUGAAUGCCGCUCUGCUGAUAGCUGCUGCUGUCAUUGGGAUUUACUGUGCAAAGGCAACAGACCUUCAGAUUUCUUCUCAAGCUGCUACACCCCUCAUCCUGGAGAUGAAGUUCCUCCGCAACCACACUGACAUCAUCAGAGCUAAAGCCGAGGCCGAGGCGGCCCUGGCAAAAGAGCGUGCCGGCUAUGUGCAAAUGAAGCUGGAGGUCAAACAAAAGGGGAUUAUUACCGACAACCUCAUGAAGACAAUUGAGACUCUGCAAGCAGAGAAGACAAAUCUCCAGUCAAAUAAAACCGUUCUGGAGGAAAACUGUGACAGAUGCCCACCAGGAUGGCAGAUUCUGAAAAAUUCCUGUUACUUUUUUUCUGAAAACCAAGCUCUUUCAAAGAAGAACUGGUUUGAUAGCAGAGCGGACUGCAUCAGUAAAGGAGGAGACCUGCUUGUGAUCAACAACAUGGAGGAACAGAUACUCGUUAAUGACAAUUUUCGAAGGCUGGACCGCGUCAGCAUCAUAUGGUGGCUGAACGGGUUCUGGAUCGGCCUCACUGACUUGCAGCAUCAGGGAAAAUGGGUGUGGAUAAAUAAUGUGACGGAGGAGUCCCCAACGUUCUGGAGAAGGGGCCAGCCCAACAUCAUUGGAGCUCAGAGUGGCAACUGCACCGCUUUUCUUCCUGCUUCUACACUGAAUGCGUGGUAUAAUGCAAACUGUCAGCAGUACAGAAUGAACUGGGUCUGUGAGAUGGAGCCAAGAAACCGCUGAACCACCUACUGGAUGUUUGUCAUGAGUGGAAAGACGAAUAAAAAUGCUUAAAUCACAAUUGUUUUCUGAAACAUAAAAAAAAAUUCAAAUAAAAAAUGUUUUCUUUACUAAUAAAUGACAAACAUGUUAUUUUAAAUGUAUUUUAUAAUAACAAAAAAUAACUAAUUAAAAGCCUGUGUUUUAUUAUUAUAAUUAUACUUAAAAUAAAACAUCUUUGGUGCAACAAUUUAAAAA